AUGGUACAGAGUCUGUCGGUGGUUCACGAAGGGCGCGCGCGACUGAAGCGCAAGAUGCCAUCGCUGUCCAUCAACAACCCCAUGGAAGUACUACGGCAGCGGCUUUUGCUCGAGGUAGCCCGUAAGCAGAUGCGCGAGGCCAAUCAAAGGCAGGCUGUCGCCAACCGACUGUUCUUGCAAAAUGUUGGAAAACGAGGAUUCUGGGCCAACUCCGCUCCAAACCGCUACGACAACUAG